CAGCACGCACGGAAAGCACGCGCAGCACGCAGGUGUGUCGGCCGCGGCUGUUUGAAGUGGUUUGUUUUAGCUUAAUUGAUGUUACAAGUAUUUUCAAAGAAUAACCUGCUUUCCAAAGGAGGAGCAUUAAGGCGAGGAAUAAAACGUGCGACAAUGGAAGAGGGAGGACAAAUUAACUUCAAAGCACUGAGGGCUAAAUUUCAGGAAGAGGGCCUCUUGGCACAUUCAAAAAACAGUCGACCAGCUGUUGCUGAAAAACCCAAACUCCUCCAAUCUUACUUAGGACCCUGCAGCUCUGUGGUCAGCGGUAUUGCCACGGCAGUGGAAAACCACAUGCCUGAAAUUCCCCGUGUCCUCUUCAGAGAUGAACUUCGGUCAUCAGGAGGCAAGCAGCCGAUUUCCUUUCCACCUCACCCUAAGCAGACCUCUUCCUCAUCCCAGCUUGCAAAUGGAGACAGCUCAGCAAAGCAUUCCCUCAAAGAGCGACGCAUGCCUUUGGUUCUCCCUACCCUGCCUGUCAAAGAUCCUAAGAUGGAUGCAUCUGCUCGAAAAGAACACAAACUGGAAUCGGAGAAAGGAAAAGAGGUCUUCCCACACAGUAAAAUGAAGAAGAAGGGUUUGUUGCUCCCUUUCAAAUUAGUCAAAGCAUCAAAAAACAGUGCUGAUAAUGGAGAGGAGCUCACAUGUGAUGAUUUAACCAACAGGCCUUAUAGCGCUCCAUGUGAGUUCUGCCCGAUGGAAAAACAAGGCACCGAAGAACAAGCUUCCCCCCAGAGUAACCAGUCAAUCUCCGAGUACCUCGUCUCCAGUCCUGAAAUCACAGUCACCCCUCCUCCUCCAGAAAAGUUUUCUGAUUCUGACAACAGGAUUCUGAGCACGUUGGAGAAGGCCAAAAAAAAGUUCUCACGGCAGCAGAUUAUAGUUCCCACUAAACCCAAAGGUUUGUGUUCACCUGACUACAGCUGCAGAGAGAAGAUCUUCCCUUUGUCUCCAAAGAACCCCGACAGCCUUGGUUCAGGUGUCCUAGUACCUCCACCCGUAUGCCUUCCACAUUUGGCCUGUACUUCUGCUCUGCCUUUUUUCAAAGCCAACAACUCUGUGCACAAACCCGUUUUCGAUACACAGCUUAUAAUGGAGAAAGCCGAAAAACUGCCAGCGAGGACUGUUGAACCUCAUUCACCCUGGGUUCCCUUGAAAAAACUGCUACCGGAGCUGUGGACACUUGGAGCGGUUCCAAUAAAGCCCCCCAGACCUCCAACAGUUGAUCUUAGCUCUUACCAUGCAGUCCUAGUUAAAGAAGUAUCAGCUGGUUGGUGCCAAACACCAAUUAAAAAGGAUGUGUCUGUGUUGGAUCCCCCAGAUUUCCCAGACUCUAAGACUUCAGAGUUGGAAACGGCAGAUAAUGAACCUGUUGACAUUGCCGCGAUAGAAACUGAAGCUUUAGACAUCUUUGUUGGUAAUCCUACAACACCGAUCAUAUGUGAGGUCACUGAUUACCAUGCUCCAGAUUCUGCCUUGUCAGUUUGUGAUCCUGCAGAGCCCGAUAGGAGCCAGGUAGUCCAAGAUCUGAACCUUGGCAGCCCACACAUAAUACCCCUUGAUCCAGCAAGCUUUUCUGAACCAAUAAACCUGUCAAAGUUUCCAGAGCUGCCGCUACCAGAGCGGUGGUCCAACAGCAAAGAGGCAGCUGUAGACGCUUUUCCCAAUUCUCGUUCUGAAGAGACUGAUGUGGGGGCUGCUGACUGCAUGUCUGUCCCAGAGGAAACUGAGCCUUUGGGCCGUCCAACAUCAAACCAUGAGACUCAAAUGCAACCAAGGUGGUUUUGUGAACAUAACCACAAGAGCAACUAUGAAACCUGUGAUAAUGUUUAUGAAGAUGUCGAGUUAAACAAACUCCUUGCAAGCCAUACGUCAACUAAACAAAAAAACAAACUAAAAAAUCCAUAUGUUGACAGCCUGUCAAGGAAGGGGGAAACAUGUCUUCACAAACGGCCACGGCAUCCAUGGCAACACCCAAGCCCCAACACUGCUGAUCAUAAAGAACAGAGGAAGAGAGAGAAACAGCGACUUGAAAAGGAGAGAAAGGAGCAAAAAGAGAGGGAGAAGAAAGAAAAUGAAAUGAAAAAAAAGUUCAAAGUGACUGGCGAGGAAGAGCCAAUGUACCAUGCCAAGGUCACGGUGGCCAGUAAAGUCCGCAAGAACGACCUGCCUGUGAAGAACGGGGACACGGUCAGCAUCAUACGAACCACCAACUGCCCCAAAGGCAAAUGGUUGGCUCGGGAUGCCAACCACAAGUACGGUUACAUUUCAGUGAUGAACGUUGAGUUAAACAUCAAGGACAUGCUGGAACUUGGCAAAAAGGCUCAAGCAGCUGGACGAGGAGCCUAUUUGGAGCCAGAUACCGUCAGCAUUGGGAGCAGAUCGUCUAACUUCCCUCUUCUAACAAGCAGUUUCACAGAUGACAGCGAGGAGUGGGCCUGUGAGGAUGAAACUCUUUCACCAUCCUAUGAAAGCCACAUUGCUCAGCAGACUGUUUCAGAGCCAGAAGUGUCAUGCAUUUAUGUCGAUGGCCAGCAUACACUCAGUGACAGCAACCUGGAAGAACUACACACACAGACCAGGCAUGAAGCUCUGCAGAAACUAGCCUUCUUGUUUCAACACAGCAAAGAUGAACUUGGUGACGGAGGAGCAGCCCCUAUCAAUUCAGACACGUCAAGCUUCUUGUGCUCGUUUGAGGAGCCUCCGUAUCCCGAACAGGAGAUUGACUUCACAGAGAUGGAGUUCCUUCCUCCUCCACCUCUGUAUGCUGAUACCAUCUGAUCUACCCGAGCUGAAGGAAGGACUGUCUAUAUUAAACAUCCAGAUGGAGACUAACAUCGGGGGUUGUUGACAUGAACAAAUUGUAAACGUUUUGUUUUAUUAUUAUUUGAAUCUGCUAGAAUUGUAAUUUCACCCAUAGUUUUCACAAUGGUUUAAACACUUUUUGACUUUCUUUGAAGGCACUAUAAUAAUAUGAUGAUGAAAAGACACCGUUGAUUAUUGCACUGGAACGGGUAGAAAUAAACUGUUUGUGGUUGCUUAAACCUCUGACAGUGUUUAUGAUUACUCUUUCAGUUUGUGUUUCCAUGUUACAUAAAAUAAAUAUAUAACAUUGA